AUGGCUGUUAUCAAACCAAUUCUCCAAGUGCUCUUUCUAGCUCUGAUAGCACCGUACCUGUACGACCGCUACAUUACAUUUUCAACGAUUGCAGCCAACCGGCCAGGGAAGUUUGAAAACUUGAGAGGCUUCGAGAGCUAUGAAAUCAAGUACCAGGACCGGCUACGCAAUUGCGAAGAUGUUAUCAUGGAGGAGAGCUUGGGUGUUGCAUUCUUAAGCUGUGAUCCAGGACGGGAUCGAUGGAAUACCGUCAUGGGCACAUUCAAGCCCGAGAAAGACAGCUCAGAUCAUGGUGGGCUGUGGAUCUACGACUACGCAAGCCCCAACCUUUCAGAUACAGAACGACUGAAACAGCUCGACAUAGACGAGCCGGACCUGCACCCCCUAGGCAUCGCUUUCGACGCGGCUACAUCCACACUCUACGUCGUCAACCACAGCCGCCACUCGAAAUCCCACAUUCUCAUCCUGCACAUUGACAUCCGCACCCUCACCACCACGCUAGUAGCAAGACUCAAUCACGCGCUUCUGCACGCUCCCAACUCGAUUGAAAUAAUCAGCAAAACCGAAUUGUACGUAACAAACGACCACUAUCUCCGCGCAGCCACCUCCCCGCUGCUCAGCAAAAUCGAAACCUUCUCCAGCGUUCCAGGCGGCAGCGUGGUUUACAUCGACACGCGGCGGCCCGAAGAUGCAAAGAUAGUAGCAAGAGUGCCCUUCGCCAACGGCAUCACGUUCUUGAACGCCACCACGCUGGCCGUUGCGUCGUCGUCGAAGCCCGGCAUCUACUUAUUCGAAACCGCGGCCGACCACGCGCUGCAGUUCCAGCGCAUAGUCGGCGCGCCUGCGGCGGUGGAUAACCUGUCCCGCGAUUCCAACGGGGCUGUGCUGUUGGCUGGCCAUGCAUUUGCGCCGGGGCUGAUGGGCGUUUCACAGCGGCGCGCGGCGUGCGACCUCGACGGUAGUGUGCUCGAGAGGGAGGCGUGUAAGUGCACGGCGCCCAGCUGGGUUGCGGAGUGGAGUGAAACCGGGGGGGUGAGGACGCUGUAUAGAGAUGACGGGGGGGAGUUCUGCAGUAGUAGCACAGCGGUGCGGGAUUUGCAGAGGGGCGUGGGGAUUGUGAGCGGGCUGUACGAGAGAGGUGUGCUGGUGUUUAGGGUGUGA